ACUAUCAAGAGACAGUUCAAGCUGGUCUCGAAGCAAGUGGACCAUCGAGAGCUGCAAAACCAGCAAAGUUUGCCAAAGAACAGAAAAAAAACCCAACAAUUCUUAAUGGUCGCCCUUCUGAGCAAACUGGUCCCCCAGUUGUCCUCUUUCAUACUGUUUUUGGCGAAUUUCUUCGGGAUAUGAAUAAUCAAAAUCUACCAAUAAGAAGUGAAAUCUACAAGUUGGCUGAAGACUUUCUCUGGAAUUCUGCUGACUUCUACACUGAUGAAGCCACUCGCCUUGAGGCAAUUGAGGAACCUCUUAAAAAGAUAUGGGGUCACUUUGGUAAAUCAAUGUUUGGCAAGAACAAUGCUGCAAGUGAUGGUGUCUUGGUCACUGAUGUUGGCAAUCAGGUGGCUUACCGGAUGAUACUGGAGGGUAAAAAUGAAAUUGGGACUGGUGGGAGUGACCCAACUCUUCAAAUGUCCAUAUCCUAUCGUGGCUAUUGGUCUCAGGGAGAUUCCCAGAGGAUUAGAGACAUUUGUUGCUGCCCAACAUUUGGGAUUGCAAUUGCUGGGCCCUGGAUGUGCAUUCUUGGGGCUGUCUUUCUUGACAAAGCUGCACUACGUCUUUCAUUUACCACAUUAGACAACUUUUACAGAGGCUUGGCCAAUUCUAAUGAUGAUGGACAACAGCGAUAUUUCCCACAUUUUCGAGAAUUUACAGAUUCUCCUUUCACAUACAUUUCCCAAUUGACAGAGCCAACAAGACUAGUAUGGAAGGCAAAAAUCACACAUGAUCAACGUUUGAUUGUUGUGAAGUUUACACGAAGGUAUAAUGAUACUGCACAUGCCCUUUGUGCCAGAAAUCAACUUGCACCUACAUUGCUUUAUUUUGGAGAUGGUGUUGAGACACUUGCAGGAUUCCAUGUUGUGAUUAUGGAUUAUAUUGAUCAUCAGCCACUGCAACCUAGCAAGAUCCAAAACUUGGUCUCCCGAAGGAAUAUAUACAAUGAUGUGUUGCAGGCUGUCACCUUGCUUCACAAUGAACAAUAUGUUUUUGCAGAUCUCCGCAAUCCAAACAUUCUGAUAUAUACCACAAAUGGAGCUCAGCACUCAAUGCUGAUUGAUUUUGACUGGUGUGGGGUUGAUGACAGAGACACUUAUCCCCUAUCUUUGAGUCGCAAGAUCCCAUGGCCAAAUGGAGUGCAGCCUGGUGGUCUCCUUUGUAAGGCUCAUGAUCUCACUUGGCUAGAUGUAUUGCGGAGAGGUUUAAAACUCACAAAUG